CUCUUCCUCCGCCCUUCCGCCCUCCGUCCAUCGCCAUGUUCAUUCACAGACCUCGAACUUCCGAUUUCGCUUCCAUUCUUUUGCAAUCGUCGCAAUUCUUUCACAUUCGUGGCCGGGGCUGCAAGUUAAUUGUGGCGCUGUGAAGGGCGCGCCCGGGGUGUGCUGCCUGAACGCACGUGAGCGUUGCCUCGCAGCCGCCAAACAUUGGGGGUAUAAGAACUCGCUCCUUCCCGCACCAAUGUCAACCCUCAUCAGAAGUCAAUUCUGCAGGGCACCCUCACCUCACCUCUUCUCUCCUCUUGCCUGCAACCCAUCCACACGGAACAUCCGGCCGCAAUUGGGAACUACUCUACGUUGCUUCUACCACUCGACACCCCACAUGAUGGCGACUCCCGCUCUCUCGACGCUCCACCACGUCACCCAGCGCAAGCUGAACAAGCUUGCCGACCACCGCCAGAAAUUCGAAGCCGACAAGGAAGCCAUUCGCGCCAAGGUAACUGCUGCUCCGGAUCAUCGACGCAAGGUGGAAGCCCUACUGGAAGGCUUCGAGCUGUACGGUAUCACUGCUCGACAACCCGAUCUCUCCAUCGCCAACUUGAAGCGAUUCAUACACCAAGCUAAGUCCGACCCGUCCGUCUCGGCCACUCUGCUCCAGGACUGGCAAUCGAAGCUGGAGCAUGAACUGGAUGUCGCGAGCGUCAAAUACGAGUACGCCGCCUUGUUCGGCAAGCUCGUCACCGAAUGGAUCAAGCAUCCCAACCCCGCCGCAUCGACCAUGGGCGCUAGUCCUGCUGGUAGCGACUCGGACACCGAUACCGAGAUGAGCGAUAGCUUCGACACGGUAGGUCGCAAGGAGAUGCAUGAGCAGCGCAAGGAAUGGGAGAGCUAUGCGUUUACGGAGAAGAAGGUGGACCAGAGCAAGAUCGAGGCGUAUCUCAACGAGAUCUUCGGCACCACGCUGCAAGCGAAGAAGAUCAAGAAGUCGCCUCUCCAGAAUCUACGGGACUCGAUGAAGAACGUCAUGGACUUCAAGUCGGACCUGCAGACGCCGAAGCAGCAUCUUGGAGCUCACGAGGACAUCCCAAAGUCGCAGCACGACACGCGCUUCACGGUUGACAAGCUCAAGUCAUGCAUCAGGGGCGUGCUGAUGUCGGAUCUGCUCGCAGGGGAGAAGCGGGAGGCCCUCGCUGACCUCCAGAACCAGCCAGCGGUGCUAGGGGAGCUUGUGGACGUACUAAAUAUGGACCUUGAGGGGCUCGACAAAUGGGAAUGGGACCCAUCGCCUGUCCCGCUCAACAUGCGCCGGCAGCUGAAUGGGAAGUACCGCGUGUACAUGGAUGAGGAAACUCAUCAGGCCAUUCUGCUGCACUUCAUCGGCAAGACGUGGGCCGUCGCUUUGAAGACGGCAUUCGAGACCUUCUACCACUCCGGUGCAUGGCUCCAGACACCCUACCGGUCGAUGGGUAAGAAAGCACGGCAACGGCGGGAGUUCUUCGUCCCCGAGAGCACGCAUAAUUCAGCCACCGUUCGCAACUACAGGCGCGAAAAGUACCAGGAGGAGUACUUCAUGACACAGUUGCCGGACGACGUUGUCGAAGAUCACCGUGACUACGCUGCUGAGGACCAGGACGAACAGCAGCUUGGUUCCUUGAAGUCGCCGCUCGCCACGAAGCAGUCCAUGCUGCGCCUAGUCACGACCGAACUCCUUCUCAACACCAAGGUCUACGGCGAAUUCCUCGUUCUGCAAUCCGACUUCAAGUGGUUCGGCCCGUCGCUGCCUCACGACACCAUCUUCGCCGUGUUGAAGUUCUUCGGUGUUCCCGGGAAGUGGCUUCGUUUCUUCAAGAAAUUCCUCGAGGCGCCAGUCGUCUUUGCGCAGGAUGGCCCCGGAGCGCAGGCACAGGUGCGCAAAUGCGGUAUCCCCAUGAGCCAUGUCUUGAGUGAUACCCUUAGCGAAGCGGUCCUGUUCUGUCUCGAUUUCGCGGUCAACAAGCGGACGCAGGGCGCGAACAUCCAUCGUUUCCACGACGACCUGUGGUUCUGGGGACAGGAGUCGACGUGCAUCCAAGCCUGGAACGCCGUGCAGGAGUUCGCCAGCAUUACGGGUCUAGAGUUGAACAAGGAGAAGAGCGGCUCAGCUCUCAUCGUCGCGAACAAAGCCAACGCGCGUCCUAUUCCACCCGCUCUGCCACAAGGGAAGAUAAAGUGGGGCUUCCUCAACUUGGAUGCUGAGGCUGGCCGCUGGGUUAUCGACCGCGCCCAAGUCGACGAGCACAUUGAGGAGCUGCGCCGCCAGCUGGGCGCUUGUCGCAGCGUCAUGGCGUGGGUCCAGGCCUGGAACAGCUACGUCAGCCGCUUCUUCUCGACCAACUUCGGGCAGCCUGCCAACUGCUUCGGCCGCCAACACAACGACACGAUCAUCGACACUUUCGAGCACAUCCAGCGCGGCCUCUUCGCCGACGCAGGCACCGCCAACGUGACCGACUACCUGCGGGGCGUGCUUAAGGAGCGUUUCGGCACCGACGACACCGUCCCCGACGGCUUCUUCUACUUCCCAGUUGAGCUCGGCGGUCUGGGCCUGCGGAACCCGUUCAUCAACGCGUUCGCCACGUACAAGAAGUCUUUCCGCGAUGCGGGCGAGCGUAUCGACCGCGCCUUCGAGGAGGAGCAGGAAGAAUACGAGCGCCUAAAGGAGCGCUGGGAUUCCGGCGAGCAGCACCGCUCCACGAAGCGCAUCAAGCACGCGUCCCUAGCGCGGGAAGGCGAAACCGGCACCGACUCCGAGGCCGACGAGCCCUUCAUGAGCUUCGACGAGUACACCCGGUACCGCGAGGAAGUCUCGACGCACCUCCGCAACGCGUAUACGAAUCUGCUCGAGUGUCCGCCUGAGGAGCGCGUCGAGACACCUACGGAGAUCCUGAGUACUCUUCGAAGCAGCGGGAUGGAGGAAUCGCCGUAUUGGCUGUGGAUCUAUAACCUGUAUGCGGGGGAUAUGAAGCAGCGGUUUGGGGGCCAGGGGUUGCAGUUAGGAGAGCGGGACUUGCUGCCUGUGGGGCUGGUGGGCGUGCUGAGGAGCGAGAAGGUUCGCUGGGAGGGCUAGGACUAGGAUGGGAUAUGUGGACCGGGGAUGUGUGGACCCAGCUGGUUGAAACGUCCCUCUUUCCUCGAUUGGAAAGUGUACUGAAAAAGUAGUAUAGGCAUUAGAUAUCCCACUCAUACAAAUCUCAUCUCUUCACGAC